GACAUUUGACAAUUGUUUUUCCAUAUGUGUUUUUCGCUGUAAUUUUGUUUAUCAAAUGAUAAAAAAAAAACAGCUGACCAAUAACAUCUAAAAAAUAAGUUUCUAGCUUCUAUAAAAUGACGUAAUUUCCCAUGGAUGUUUAAAAACUCUUGUAAGUAGGUUUUAAAGAUUGUGACAAACGCACAGUAUUAUCCAAUACAGAAUUAAAAGUCGUACCAAGUAAAUCCAGUGAAGAAACGCUUAUUAAUAAUUACGAAGAAUGGCCAGUAAUCUCUUUCAUUUGCUGAGAAGGAUUGUGAUAAAGUAGUUAAAAGUUCAAAAAAAAGUAAGAAUAAAAAAUAUCUGUCGAACACAAAGAGAAUAAGCUGAAUGUAGGCUGUGAAAUAGUUGAAGGUUCUUGGUUAUCAACAGGUUACUGAUGAAAACGCUUUAAUGAACGAACUUUCAAAUGGACUAAAGAGUCCACAAAAAAGAAUACCAGACACUACUAUCAGCUUAGAAAUAAAAAAGCAGAAAUUGACAACGGGGGAGCAGAGUGCAGAGAAAGUUCUUAUUUUAAAAACAAAUGCCAUUGAGAAGCUUUCACAUGUCACUGUUCAGCCACCAAAUUAUAAAUUAGUGAAACGGAAAAUUCAUGAUAAAAAUAAAGGCAAAAACGGCAAUCGAGGAUCUGUAUUUCGGUCUGAAAAAAUUAGUGUUACAAGUUGUCAUCUAAAGCAAAAAUCUAUUGACACAUAUUUUAGAAGUACAACUAGAAAUGAUUUAAAAACCAAACAGUCGGAUGAAAGUGCAGUUGAGUUGCUAAGUGGUAAUGACUGGAAUGUUUGUAAAGUUAAGGAAAUAGGGCAUGAUGACGCACAGGAGAUGAACAAGAAUUUGGGUGUCGUCAAUGCUAAAUAUGAUGGACGUGUAUUACUUAAGUCAAGUCGGAAUGAAUCGUCGAAAACACCGCGUCAACCGCAGCGGAUGGUUUCGCCCAAAGCUGCCCUCAAAGCCUCAUUAUCUGAUGUGCCACGGAAUAUUUCGCCGAGAUCUAAAAAAGACAGCGCUGGAUCACUGUCACCUAGAAGACCUGUUGAAUCUUUACAAUUCAAUCUACCAAUAAAGUCUAAAUCAAACAAAACUUCGAUAAGUCCACGCAGUAAUAUACCCUAUCAUAAAAUUGUUGCAGGAACUCAUUUUGCGGUAGACGCGUUUUCGUACGGGGAAAUUCCAAACGUCAAACAUUACUUCCUUACGCAUUUCCAUUCAGAUCAUUAUAUGGGAUUGAAGAAAAGUUUCAAUAAACUGCUGUUUUGUUCAAAAAUUACUGCGGACUUAUGCAUAUCACGUUUAGGAGUGAACCCGAAAUGUAUACAAGUGAUAAACGUUGAUGAAACAAUAAGAAUCGAAGGAGUGGAAAUCGCAAUAGUUGACGCCAAUCACUGUCCAGGUGCCGUAAUGCUGGUGUUCACACUGCCAAACGGUAAAAGCUUGCUGCAUACUGGCGAUUUUCGCGCUUCGCCCAUUAUGGAGUCUUUACCCGUGUUUUGGAACAAGGAUAUGCACACCAUAUACCUAGACACUACUUAUUGCAACCCUCGCUAUGACUUCCCAACGCAAGACCAAAGUUUGGAAAUGGCGCUGUACAUUUUACGCCAAAAGAAGAUGGCGCUAGAAAAGGUCGGCAAAAAGUUCUCUUCCGUUCUCAUCGUUUGUGGCACUUAUACAAUAGGUAAGGAGAAGUUCUUCCUCGGCAUGGCGCGGCGCGUGGGCUGCUCGGUGUGGGCGUGUCCGGAGAAGGACCGCGUGCUGCAGGCGGUGGAAGGCCGCAGCUUCAGCCGCUCGUCGCCUCAAGCCUGCCAGUUGCACGUUGUUCCCAUGAGGGACUUGACUCAUGAGAAAUUACGCAGCUACUUAGACAGUAUGCAGGGCACUUUUGAGGAAGUGGUCGCGUUCAAGCCGAGCGGAUGGGAGAAUGGGAAGAACUCUUCGGUUGAAAAGGACUCCGUAACCAUACACGGCAUUCCAUACAGCGAACACUCGAGCUUCUCAGAGUUGAUCCGAUUUGUGAAGUUCCUCAAACCAAAGCAGGUCGUACCCACUGUGGAUAUUUCGGGUGGCAUCAAGGCUGUUCAGAAAUAUUUCCCGUGUCCGCUGGUGAGCAAGGACUCCAUCCAGUGUCAGAGUAAACUGACAGACUUCUUCAGCAUACAGAGCCGAAAACCAGCGGCCGCCGUCACUUGAUGCGUUACCAGUACAAAAAAAUAUUUUAAGAUGCCAUUUAAGACUGUGAUAUACUUUCGAAUUUAUUUAUUGAUAUAGACAUUUAUGUGAUUGUUUUGUUACAAAGUUUAAUAAAGUGAUUGUGAGUGUCUUUUAA